CUCCCUUCAAGGGCCCCAAAUAUGAAAUCUCUAACGAAGCGAACCAGACCUACCUACCGGUCCUACCCCAAAUCCCAAAGAUAAUUUGGAACAGAAGUAGAAAGAAUGGUCAUUAGUCAUGCAUGUAUUCCAAGCACAUCACUCACCAACCCCAACAACCGUGUUAGGCGUAUUACAUACCCCCUCCGAAAGGAACCAACGAGGACAGAAAGCCUGUCAAGUGCCGAGGAACAAGCGGAGAGAGUGAGCGCGCUAAUUUCAUAUCAGUUUGUGCCAAAUCCCGCUGUCGAUACGCACCAAGUUACAAUCGAGCUGUUUUGGGAUUGAAUAAUGGACGCGAUGGUUGCAGAGUGUUUGUGGCAUCCGACGUGGGUCAAUUGCGACAAGUUUGCGACCAAUCGGCGUGGAUCGGUGCGAUUUUCAGGGGUAUUGAGUCGACAACAGAGGCUGCAGGUGGGCGUAUCUGCUCAUUUGCGGUGUCAAACGGCCUCAUGUCGUCGCAGGACAAUAUCUUUGGAGGUCUCUUGUUGUUUCCAGAACUCUCCAGCGUCAGUAAAGAAAUCUGGAGUUAUUCAGGAUGCUCUUGAUGAUUCUUUGAUUUUGAAGAGUAUGUCACAAGAAGUUGAGCCAUAUUUAAAUGGACGGUGUAUAUAUCUUGUUGGAAUGAUGGGCUCUGGGAAAACAACAGUGGGCAGGAUACUAUCUCAAGUGCUUGGUUAUUCAUUCCAUGACUGUGACUCAUUGGUGGAACAGGCUGUGAAUGGAACUCCAGUAGCUGAUAUUUUCAAGCUCCAUGGAGAGAACUUCUUCAGAGACAAGGAGACUGAAGCGUUGAGGAAGGUUUCUUUAAUGCGUCAGCUUGUAGUUUCUACUGGAGGAGGUGCAGUUAUACGACCAAUUAACUGGAAAUAUAUGCACAAGGGGAUUAGUGUUUGGUUAGACGUACCUUUGGAAGCCCUGGCACGAAGGAUUGCAGCUGUUGGAACGGAUUCGCGCCCCCUAUUGCAUGAGGAAUCGGGUGAUGCAUACACAAAGAGUUUAAGGCGUUUGUCUGCUCUUUGGGAACAGAGAGGGGAAGCAUAUGCAUAUGCCAGCGCUAGGGUUUCCUUGGAGAAUAUUGCUGCUAAACUAGGAGUUAAGGAUGUGUGCAAUCUCACUCCAACCGCAAUUGCGAUUGAGGCACUUCAACAGAUUGAAGUCUUCUUGAAGAGGUUGUAGCCUAAUUCUUCAAUUAUAAAGCUUGUGUAUGUUACUUUGUCAUCUUAUUUGAUUACAGUACAGCAGUUGCUAUGUUCCUAUUUUUAUUCAGUUUCUAUGUUCCUACUUUUAUUCCUGGAACAUUGCGCCUGCUGUUGUCUGUAUCCUUGAGUCUGGCAUAUCGUCAUUUUUGUGAGGUUAAAACCGUGGGGUUAUUAUGCGAGCAGAUCUCCUGAAAUUUGGUCUGGCUGCGUAAACACCCUCGGUGUUGAUGCAUAUUUCCCAAACUGUGGAUACGUUUUCUGGUAGUGCAAUUCUGUACUCUGUAGACCUCUAAUUUAUGACCCUUAUUUAACUCGCACA